UAAUUUUAUUUACAAAUUAACGAUACUCUUUUGUUUGUGCUUUGGAGUGUGAGUAGACUCUCCAAGUUUCGCUGAAGACCGGUCAUCUUCGCUGAAAAGUUGGAGUAGGUCUAGGUGUUUUAACUGGUUCGAAAAAAUCCGACUGCACUAAAGCUGCUCCUCGUGCCGGCGAUCGCAGUUGAAGUACGGAUUUCUUACGGAUAGUUCAGUUUCUCGGCAAUAUCAUGUGUUAUCCAAAGGUGUAACGUUUGAGUUUUGCAGCUGAUUAUCUAUCUAUCGAAUAGAACUUGCAUUCAAAAUCAUCAUGAAUAUUACAGAAGUAAAAUCACCUCAGCCAAUGUCCAGUGUAGGCUUUCAAGUCUUGAUAACAAUAUCUUUUGUUAUUGGAAUUGUGGGCAAUUCGAUAGCAUUAGUUAUUUUAUCAGCUAAUCACCCAACAGCAAAAAGAAGAAACAAAAAACAUGUUCUCAUGCUUAGAUGGUUGGCUGUGAAUGAUUUGACUGCUGCUAUUGGGAUGUUAGUUUUCACAAAUGUAAAUAGAUAUAAGAUAUUGCCCAAAUACUGGACAUGUACAGCUCUAGUCUUACUUCGAGGAUUUGGUUUGGGUUCAGGAACUGUGGCUUUAAUCAUGGCUCUAGAGAGAUGGUUUGCUCUAACCAGACCAUUUGUCUAUCAGAAGUUAGUGACCUAUGACGUUCUCAAACGAACGUUAUGUUGCUUGUGGUUGGGAGCUCUUCUUCUUACGUACGCACCUUUAUUGGGAUUUGGACUGUAUUAUGACCCUGAUAAAGAAGUUUGCCUUAGAUACAAAGUGGCUGAAAUACUUAAAGAUCGACUCUAUGCAUGGCUCUAUUUUGCAAUUGGUUGUUUAGUGUGUAUUAGCAUUGCAUUUUGUAAUGUGGCAGUGGUACUGGAAUUGUCCAAAAUAAGAUCACAAAAUCGAAUCUUGAUCAGGCGAAUUAGUCGUUCCUUAAUUGUGAACAGAACAGGAAAUUCACGGCAUCAACAAACACCCGAGGAAGUGGCUUUUGCCAAAUUAAUGGCAUAUAUUUCCGUAAUUUUUUGCCUUUGUUGGGGACCACAAAUUAUAACAGUUCCAAUAUCACAACUUGGAUAUACGUCAGUUGCAUCUAAGAUUUUUUCAAAUAUUGCGGAUAUGUUUAUGGGCUUCUAUUUUACUUUGGAUCCUUUUGUUUAUGUUUUGCUUCGAUACAUUGAAAAGGGAAAUUUAGGACUAAAUUGUUGCUUUCUCAAGAGAAGAAAAUCCACCAGCAGCAUCCCUACCACUACGACCACUGGUGGAGGAGGUACCCCUAAUGCGGUUUUAAUUUCGCCGCCUUCUUACCCUGCACCUCCUAGUGCAUAAAAUGUGUGUGCUUAACUGUUUUCACAACUUUAACUGUUCUUAUUAAACGUACAUAACCGCUUGAAACACAGCUGUUUGUAAUGUUUAACUGACUGGUAAUAUUUGAAAGAUAAUUGGUUGGCCGAAUUUGAAAGACCAAAUUCCUAAGUUGCAUGAUCUGUGAAAAUUAAUUUGUGCAUCACGCAUUUGAGUGAACAAUAUAAUGCUUGAAAAAUCCUAAUUUCCAUAUAUCUACUAUUCCAAGUCUUUCUCUAAGUAAUUGGUAUAAUAUCUCGUAAUUCAUAACAGUGGAAUAUAUAAGUAUUAAAAGCUGUUGGUACUAUUUUGAAGGAAAUAAAGCUUGUCUAAAGAAGUUUUUGCUAUUGCUUAGCAGAAUUUAUCGCUAAUAGUAACAUGCACGGGCCACAGUAUAAUUUUUAAAGUUUUAGAUAAAAUCCUUUCAAAUAUUUUACAACCCAGUUCGGAAAUAUUACAGGUUAAUUUGAUUGAAUUACAUUUUGAAAUUAAGUGCCUACCAAAGUUUAUGUAUUAUUUAAAGGUACCGUUCAAUAUUUAUAGUUACUUUUAACUCUCAAAAGACUGACUUUUUAUAAUUAUUUAUUAUAUCAUCUAUAUUAUACAUAUUAUUUAUUUAUGAGUGGGGAAGAAUUGUACUCAAUACGCUAACUCAUUACCAAAUAAAAGCACUGGAUUUGUUGGUUGCAAAUAAAGAAUUACAAUAAAUUCAACUCUUUAUUUAUUAAAAAAUGGGACUAAAUGCAAAAUUCAAAUAAUGCAUUUUUGCAAUGCUAUGCUUUGAUUAUUUACUCCGAGAGUUUCUUUUCUAUAGCAUAUAAUCAAGGCAAUGCUUACAUUAAAUUAUCAACUUUACUAAAGGGAAACCUGGCUGAGAAGAUUUGUCGGAAAUCUGGGUAGAUUUGCCGAGCCUGAGCCGCGGCAAAAUUCCUUUGAUGUUUCGUCAAAACACCGACAGACGAUCCAUUUUUUGUCGGUGUUUUGACGAAACUUCAAAAGAAUUUGCCGCGGCUCAGGCUCGGCUCGUCACGUCUGGACGCAGUAUUACAUCAGUCGAGCGAAGCUUUAUCCCUACAARAACUGRGCUUUAGCUUGAAUUACGUGCUAUGUUACCAUUGGACAUACCAUAGGUACUCAAAAUUUAUWMUAUUGGAAACCAUUUUGUCAUUAUGCAUUYGCUCUUCUCCUCSUCAGAAUUUAUUGCAACGGAAGAAUCUUGUAAGAACGCUAAACCGGUCGCGUGAUAUCUAACGCGUUUGUAAUUGGUCGGCAGUAGGCAGGAUUUCUGCACAGAGCAUUUCGAUUGGCUCGUGUUUAUGCUUUCGUUAACUUUCCAUUACACCCAUUAYAAUAAAUAAUAUCAUAAAUACACUGACUGCUACUCUGUUGCAAUCUAGUGGGUGAAUUAGGUAAUCUAUAUUACCUAAUGAGUCCAUUUAUUUUGAUACAAAAUUGAUAAAAAAGUGUUGCUCUCGCUUUGACGAAGAAGCUUUCAGAUGGAAGUAUUUGGACAUAAAGUUUAAGUUUAUAAAAAUGUUUAAGAUUCCGUACAUUAGUUUUGCGUAUGUGAUCACUAUGCAUACGUGUGUGAUUACUAGAAAAGUUCAAAAAUCAGUAAAUAUACGAGAACUCUUCGUUUGAACAAUUUUAAGUUACACUCAUAACGUCUAUUCAAUACAGGAUGUCCCAUAAUAAGCACGUGAUAAAAAACACUGCGACAUUCUUUGGUUCAAAAAAAGGCAAUCUGAUCUAACUUUUAUUUAAAAAAAUGUCUGACUCAUCUACUAUUUAUGGUCAAAGUUCUUCAACAAAAAUAUGUUUUUUUAAAUAUCGAGUGAACGAAAUUAUGAAUUUUAAUCAAACUUCCUCUGAACUUGGCCUGUGAAUAGUACAUAUAUUGUGCGUCUUUCAGAAUUCAGUGUGCUCGAAGAAGGUAUAUUUAUUUUCACUAUCCAUAGAAAUUGUGGACAUAAUGCCUACAACAUUGAGCUUAAGCUUCUGUGAUAUCCUCCAGAAUGAUUCGUACGUUUCAUUCGCUCCAUUCGAUAAUUUGUUUAUCAAAUUUUACUCAUGGGUCAACAACUCAAAAUAGAAAAAUACGAAAUCUAUAAAAAUCCUUUUUAUGUCUUAGUAGAUUCAUUCAUAGUCGAGCAGGUCCUAGUGCAAACUUUCUGACUUCCAGUGCAAAAUGACGAAAUAUUUGCAUGAAAUUAUACGCAAACCCACAGUGAAUAUUUUAAGUACCUUCUUAUUACUUUAGACAACACAACAACAUUGUGAUACAUUUUUUGCUUGAAAUUUUUCUUCUCAAAAACUGCAUGCAAUACCUAUGUAUACACAUACAUUAGUCAAAGAAAUUUCUUGGAAUAUGUUUUAUUCAACGCGCCAAAGUGGUGGAGGUUAAUGGAAGGUGAUAAGCCCUAUUACAUAUAUUGGUGGGAAAAUGUUUGCGCUCAGGUAAGCUUUUAGAAAACACGAGACCAAUUUUAAUACAGCUGAUUUGAACUAAUUAAAACCAAAGCAAUUUAAUGCUGUCAUAGACUUUAUUAUAACUCUAUUAUAACAGAUCAAUAAUUUCCUGAGUUUAUUUAAUGUUAAUUAUUUACAUUCUGCUUGAAGUUUUUUCGUUCAAUCACAUACGUAAUUUUCAAGCGAGUUCAAAGGCUAUUUACUUCAAUCACCCAAUAUUUAAUGUUAUUUUUUCUUCUGAUCAGCAAGCAAGGACUUUUCUCUGUGUUAAUCGUAACUAACUUUGCACCUGUUACAACUUACAAACAACUUUGAAGAAUGUUUUUAUGAAAUAAAUAUAUAUGUACCUAUCUAUUUUCUUGUAGAAUCAAGCAAAUGGAGUACCCAGGAAACCAGUGGGUUAUAUUUAGAAUAAACAGAAUCCCUAACAGCUAAACAAAUUAUUAGGAACUUAAGUAAUUCCAACAAGUUCCAGCUAUCUUGAAAUCCUUCAUUUGUUAGAGCAAACAUAUAUUUUGACUGAAAUGUGAGGGUUUACCUAAUAAGCAAACGUGUUCUAAGUAUAAAUUAUUUAAGGCAUCAUUAUUUUUCAUUAUUCAUACACAUCUACACUCGAUAUUUAUCUAAUUAAGUCACACUAUUCAUUUUGGUAUUAUGUUCAUCUCACCUACUGUUGUACUGCAAGUAAAAUAGUAUAGAAUUCAAAUAAAUAACAUACGCUAACACCAAAAAUAUUUAGUUACUCGUUGUGUUUCUGACAAUGGACUGAUGUUUUUGUGAUAGAAACUGCAUUUUAUGCAUUAUUCAUAUGUGCUUAUCUUAAUAUAGAGUCACUUUAAAAAGUAAUACAUAUCCUAGGAAAUAUAUUCACACCUUAAUUGAAAACACA